AAAAAGACAUACCAUAGACAAUAAUCAUUUUCAACUUCACUCUUGUCGUGAUAGUCCAUCAAGAUUCAAAAACAAACCGAUUGUUGUCCGGCAGUGCACGUCUCCUAGUGAGCCCACCGUCAGAUCACUUUUCCCUCCCUUUGCCCGGCGAUAUCUCGCUCCGCGUUUCGAUCUCACGGACGAUCUCCUCUAGAUUGAAACACAGAAAAACAGUGAGAACUUCUGGAACGUCCCAAGACCCCAGACGAACGCUCUCGGUUUCCCUUUCCAGUUAUACUCUCCGACCCCCUUCUGGGGACCCUCUUGUGCUCGUUUUCCCCUGACACGAAGUUGAAGAAAAGAGAACCAAAGAAGAAAAAAAUCCGAUUUUAAGCUAUCAGGUACCAUGGCGUCAUCCCACGGGGAGCUCCGACAUCUGCUGCCCGAGUCUUACAAGCGUCUCAUUGCUUCUUGGCUCGAGGAGGAUUGUCCCAGCUUCGACUAUGGUGGUUUCGUCGUUGGCGAGUCGGAGGGUGAGGCUCGACUUUUGGGGAAGAGUAAGGGCGUCGUCGCCGGUGUGCCCUUUUUCGAGGAGGUCUUUAAGCAGUUGGGCUGCACCGUCGAAUGGCACGUCAAAGAAGGUGAGACCAUCGAACCGAUCAGACAAUGCGCCACCGUCCGAGGACCAAUCCGCAAGAUCCUCCUCGGUGAGCGAGUCGCGCUGAACAUCCUCGCCCGCUGCUCUGGCAUCGCGACCAAGAGCUCUUCUCUGGUUAACGCCCUCCGAUCCCAUGGCUGGAAGGGAACGUUGGCCGGUACGCGCAAAACUACCCCGGGUUUCCGCGUCGUCGAGAAGUAUGGCAUUCUUGUCGGAGGUGCCGAUCCGCACCGUCAUGACCUCAGCUCCAUGACUAUGCUGAAGGACAACCAUGUCUGGGCUUGCGCCAACAAGAGCGGCUCCACAAAGUCGAUCGAGUCUAUCGCAAGCGCCAUUCCUGUUGCCGUCGACGCGGCCAAAGCCGCAGGUGGCUUCGCGACCAAAGUCGAGGUUGAGUGCCGCAGUAUCGAGGAAGCCAAUGCCGCCAUUGGCGCUGGCGCCGACGUGAUCAUGCUAGACAACUUCACACCCGAAGGCGUGCGUGAAGUCGCGAAACAACUGAAGACCGAAUGGGCCAGCAAGGGCAAGCCCCCGGGAACGUUCCUGAUCGAAGUCAGCGGCGGGUUGACUGAGAGCAACGCAGCCACAUAUGCUUCUGACGAUGUUGAUAUUCUGUCCACUAGCUCGAUUCACCAGGGCACAGGAAUCGUGGACUUCUCAUUGAAGGUUUCCUUGCGAUAGGUUCAGAUGGUCUACGGUCAUAUCAUCAUCUUUCUUUUCGCACGCAAUACCUAGGGAAAGGAUCUCUGCGAAUAAACUGGAACAAGCUAUGCUUACCAAGAGUACGAAAUUCGUGCAGCCAUGGUGUAGCCAAAGAGGAACAACUGGCCAUAUAUAAAGAGCAGCAAGUCUAAGCAAAGAUGUAAAUACUAACUAUGAAAAAGAACUAUUCAUUGCAGAACAUUCAUGAGUCUAUUGCUGAUUUCACCUCGCGCUCAUUCCCUACAUUACAAAUCAAGACAGAGAGUCUAAUCUUUCUAACUUCUGACUUUUCUAUAAUAAUUCGAAGUUUCUCUGGUGUAGAGUAAAUAUUUACAGCAAUGCUGCACGUCUACAUCCGUCGCACAUCUCUCUCCCCACCAUAUCAACUCAGAAAUGAUACCAGGCCAUCUCACAGAAUCUCUC